AUGGCCUCUACAUGCUCUGCGGAGCUCCCCGAACCCUUCGCCCUUUUGACGGCCAGACUCGUUGUCGUCCCCACACCGAUCGCGGUCAACGUGGCUUCUUAUCGAACGCUUUAUGCGGCAUUGCACUCCGACGUGGACUUCUGCAAAAUGGGCUUUGGAGAGCAUUUUCCCGCUCGGGGUUGGAGUGAUGAUGAAACACGCCAGGUGAUUGAAACGCGCGACAUCGAGCGUUCAUGGAGAAGACAUGGUUUGGGGGAUUUUGCCGUGGGUUUUCGCGCAACACCAGGAUCGGAAGAUCCUGACAAAGCCUCCAGUCAAAAUCCUCACUCCAGUGUGUCAAUUCUCAGAGGGAGCGAGUACGAGCAGUUUGCUGGGCACGACAUGACGCGCCUUGAUGAGAUUGAAUGGGUGGGAUAUGCGGGUGUCCGAGAUGCAACGACGACAUCGCUUCCACCACAAAGUGCAGGAGAUCCGACCUACCCGCCAUGGUUCGAAAUGGUUGAGAUCCGCUAUGGUGUGUCCCCGGCAUGUUGGGGUGGAGGCAUCGCAAGGGAAGCAGCGGAGGCGGUGCUGCAGUGGGCGGCUCGUAAAAAGGGAGUGAAGAGGUUCAUUGCCGAGACGGAAAAGGAAAAUCAGAGGAGUGCGCGGCUCUUGCAAAAGCUCGGGUUUGUGGCCAGUGGGACGGACUAUUGGAAAGAGCCCAGCGAGACGGAAUGGGAGUUGGUUAUCCAGUAA